AUGGACGUCUGGGCCCAAGCGCUUGGCGUAGACAUUGACAGUUCCAAGUCCGCAGAGAGAGCUCGCCGGAGAGUGGAGCUUGAAGAAGCCGGCCUGCGCACGGUGCCUGGGGCAUGGACUCUGCCGGUGCCACGAACUACGAACCAAUCGCUGUUACCUCGCCGGAGACCACGUGACCGUGAUGCUCCCGGGGGGGCAGCGGGAAGAGCGCGCAGUCCUGUUGUGCCCGAGGUAGAUGCGUUGGAAGGCUUCCUCACGGACUUACAAGGUCGGCUGACGUCAUUAGAAGGUGGAGCUGUGAGGAACAGCAGUACCGUGGUAUCGACGCGUUCUUCUGCGGCAAGGGCGGGUCAUGGCGGAGAUGUUACAUUAGGUGCGACGCCAUCGGCGGGCUUGGCCGACAUAUAUGGUAUCCCCCAGGCUUUCAUCGACAACGCAGAACAGGCGAGACAACACUGGGACGUCCACGAUGCCAACCUCGAGAUGAGGGACGAAGAAUUCCUCCAGCGCUACAAACGCAGGGCGCGGAUGUCGGGAGUGCAGGUCUCCAUCGCGAAGACUUGGCGAGGAUUCGUCUUCCGGCGGAAGUUUAUGGCGUGGAGAGGCCGAAGGCAGUGGUCCAUCAAGCUCCACCUCCGCGCGUGGAGGGUCACCGUGAGAGCCCACCGACUAUACUCGGAGAACCUCAUGCGAUCUGUUUUUUCGCACUGGAACGAGCUUGUCGAGGAGGAGCGCAACGCCCGGGUCGUGGGUCAGUUGUCCUUCCAAGCUGCCGUCAGCAGCACCCGAUUGUCGAGGCAAGCCGUCGUUCAAUACUUUCAGGAUACUUCAACUCCGUCGGACGAUUUGAGCCCCGCGGUACGACGCAACAAGGCGAGCGUCAAACGGCGCAUCCUACAGAUCUUAUUUCAGGGCUGGAGAGACACGGCCAAUCACAAACGGAAAGCGGAAGCCCAAGCGGGGUUCAAAAUGUGCAAGGCCGUGCGGCUCCAUACCGCGUCCAACAUGCUUUGGGCCCCCGAGAUUGCCAGCUUGCUUUUUCACGUGUGGUCAAGGAUGGUCAAGUUCAAGAAGGCCCUACGGGAGGAAAUGGAGCCCCCGACAUUCCCGCCCGAGGACGGUUUCAAACCGCUGCCCGAGUGGGAUACGUGGGUUUCCACCAGGGGCAGGCACUUGGCGCUGGAGCUGCAAGUGAAGAAAACUGGGAGCCAGUACUGUCUGCUAGCUUCCGAUUCCGUCGCAUGCCUUGGCUGGCCCAUAGCCACGGGGUACCCUGGGUUUGUCAGGCUACACAGAGGCCAAUGGCGACGUGCAGAUUCGCGCCCUAAUGACGUUGCUGCUGCAUUUGCUGGUCUGAUGGCUCAGAUAUUUACACGCAACAAAUUUCGGCGGUGGGUCUGGUUUACGAAGUGGUCCCUGUCCCAAGAACAGAGAGAGAUAGAAGCUUCCCAGCACCACGACGUGCACAAGGUGACCAAGGUUUUCGCGGCGUGGGCGAGUGUGUGCCGUGACCGAGGCAGCAUGCUACGGCGGACAACCCGGUGCUGGCAAGGGUGGAAACGCUUUACGUCUAGCAGGAAAAUAUCGAAGAUGCUCAAGAAGAAAACCGUGGAACACAUAAGGCUGCUCCGGACCGGCUCUGUGAUGAGCGAUGUCACGGCGUACGCUAGGGAUGGAAAGAUAUUGUCAUCCUUCACCGUGUCCAAGCUACUUCUCACCACGAAGUUCUUCGGGGCAAUGGCGCUGGGCUACGUCGCGACAGGGCAGAUCACGCAAUUGUUUUCGCUGCUGGCCUGGCAGGCGUGGAAGCAGUACACCGUCAGACGCCGAAGGUGGAAGUGGCUUUUGUAUGAGCACACUAAGGCAGAGGCCUUCCAUGCGAGGCAGUCGGUUUUCAGAGCUUGGUCGUAUGCCACAGGGAGGAGGUACAGGCCAGAUGCUGCGUCGCUCACGCUUUCGGCGGCUCUGCCGUUCAGCACAUGGGACCGGUUGUUAAAGAAUUACGUGGACCAGGGAGUGAUCCCGAUGGAGCAGCUGCACAAGGACCUGGUGGAUCAUUCGGUGAUGCAGCAGAACACGGCGUGGUGGCUUCUGGGCCAAGACUCCGCCGAGAGACCUAUCAGGGAUUCAUCAUCAGCAGCAGUGCUGAGUGGACUCGGUACGAGCGAGGAGGACCCCUCCAGAGGCGGGGAGUCGCGGAUGGAACUUCCUAAGAGCGGCGCAGGCGGGGGGGGCGUGCGUGGACGACUAUCGCGACAUGGUGUUUCGGAGGGGCCCGCCGCCGUAGACUGGCGAACCUUGGCGCCUGCUCUUUUCGUCGCUGUGGAUGACUGCGACGAGGCGGAGGUCAUGGAUCUGUUGCACCGAGGAGCCCAGGUAAACUGCGUGUAUGUGCCCCCCGAGAGUGCUCCUCUCAGCGAUGGUGGUGUCUCGAAGCGGUCAAGGGGCAUCACCAAACAAGAUAGAAAUGGUGGUGAAUCCGGGAGUGGAAUCUUGGGGGUCGGCCGAAUCUUGGACCUACCCCCACCAGCACUGAUCGCCCAGUCCGACGGAACCUUCCAGAUGAGGGGAACCACCCCCCUGCACGCGGCGGCCGGACACUUCAGUGGCGACUACACCUCGAUUGUCGUCGCCCUCCUACACGCCGGAGCUUCCGUGGGCGCACUCGAUGCCGCCGGGAAAACGCCUCUUCAAGUCUGCACCAGCCCCCAAAUUGCAGCUGUACUGAGCGAGCAUGCGAAUCGACUACAACCGCACAAGUUUUCUCCGCAAGAACUCCGCUGGGGGCAACAGAUCUUGACGAGCGAACGGCACGGCUGCGGCGCCACAGGUUUGUGGAGGUACGUCGUCCGCGCCGCCGUGGUGGCCAGGUUGGACAAGCUGAGUGCCGCCUUGCGUGCGGAAGACACGCGUGCCGAGGACGAUUCCUCCGAGGCUACUCACCAAACGAAGCAACAGCAGCAAAAGGGCGGUCGCUCUUCUCCGCCUCCAGGGAUGGCUGCAGGCAACAGCUUUGGUACUACCAACGCCAGUACAGGAGCUGCUGGCGCAACCGGGCUAGAUGAAAGAGAAAAGGAGCUGAUUCGGAUGAAAAUGGAGAACCUGGAGGCCACCAAGACCAUUGUGGACCGUGAGCACGUCCUGCACAGUGGGGGUACAGGAGCACCGGGGGGGAGUUCAGGGGGAGGAGGAAGUGGGGGUGGGUGGGGAGGCAGCAUCGGCGUCAGCAGAGGGGAUAACCACGCGACGAGCAACCAGCGCACGGGGAAGGAGCGGACCGCGGCCGACCACCGGAAGGCGUUCUCGGUCUACAGGGCCAACGCCGCCGGCUGGUUCCGGUCUUUCCGAGAAGAACUCAUACGAGCGAACAUGCUCUCACCUCGUGGCACAACCGCUCAAACGAGCGUUGUCGACACUGCUGCUCACGCCGGCGUUACUGCAGAGAAGAACACCGCGAAGAAGGUGUUGGCAAUCGUUCGUGAUGCGGGUGUCGACAGUCGCAGCUCGGGCGCGUCCCCGGGAGGGAGCAGGGGUGUGGCCAGGGGAGGCGUGGGUGGUGGCGGGAAGUUGAACCCCAUGGUGAUGAGUGUCGGAGGGGGAGGAGGGAUGCUAGGGCGUGGGGGAAACACUAGUGGCACAGACGCCUUCACCAUGACAGAAGUGCACGGCUGUUUCAUGGCGCUCAGUUCGGUGCUAGAAGAGCGGAAGCGGGUGAUGGACCGAAGGACGGCGAGGGACAACGGCCUCAUAGAAAGGGGGAACUGGGUCGGGUUGCAACGGGCGAUGGAAGCGAGCAAGCAGCACGGGCAGCAAGAUGCCCACAGCACGGCGUCCUCAAAGAGUGGCAAGAGAAGGCGAAACAAGCGCACCCUCUCAGGUCGAACGCACCACACAGCAACGACGACACCGACAGCAUCGGCGGAUGGCUCUUCAUCUCUGGGCCCGUCUUCGAGUUCCACGGCAACGGGGGGCCACCGCUACGGUGACUUGGUUCACGAAGAGCCCGACUCGGGCCUCGGGAUAGUCGUUGGGGGGAUGGCAGGAGAAGGAGUCCAGAACCAACAAGAGGACCGAGCCGCGGCUGGGGAGCUCACGAUCGACGUUUUACCGACGUCCUCUUCGAAGCGAUACCAUGCCGCCAGCGUGGCACUACGAGGUACCGUCGACAUCGAGGUGCUGCGACGUGCUCAUCUAACGCUUGCGGCUUGGAAGAGGGAAAGCGUCACGGACGAACCGGGCGGCGAUUUCGGCACAAGGCUGGCCCAAGCUAGGAGGACAAGCGUCAGUAGAGGCGUCAUGUCCAGGGUGCCGCGCUGGUGGUGGGGCCGGGGAGGGGAGCGCGUCCUGGCCCUCAUGCGGGAGCAAAGGCGAAAACUGCGCGAAAAGGGCUCAACAGCAGGGAGCACGAGGUCGGCACGACUGUCCGCGACGUCGCCAUGGAGACAAGGAAGAGCGAAACACGGUUUCGAGAGGACAUGGAAAGGCAAGGGGAAAUGGCAGAACAAAAUCCAGCAAGCGCAAGGGAAGAUCCGAGCCAUCGUGAAGAAGCGAACAAUCGUUGCGGAACAGGACAAGGAGGAGGAGGUAACCCCAGACACGCUUCGAAGAGACAUUGAUGCCAAGCGCGCCUUGACAAUCAGCCUAUCGGCCAAGGAGAAGCAGUGCGUCAACAACAUCGAAAGCGCUAAGGUGCAGGUGGAGGAGAGCCGAGUGUAUCUCGUGCGGAUACAGUCCAUCUUGUCGAAAUACGCGAGCUACAACAUGGGAAAGAUGGACGCGCUCGAGAGAGAAUUUCAGGAGUGCUCCCGGCAACAAGAGAACACCAGGGCUCGACAAACAACUGUUGGAACGACCAGGAAGGGGAAAAAGCGCCAUCCGAAGCGACUAAAGCCCGUGGGCAGCACCAAAACUCACACUGCGGCCACAUCGAAGCCAGGUACCCCUAACUCCAAGGAAAUUCCACACCCCAUUACGAUCCCAACCCCCUCGGCGGGGGAGGUGGUGCCAGGAGCCCCCACAUCCCCUGCACCGUGGCCUGCCGAAGGGGAAGCUGCAGGGUCGUUGUCUGCACGGCUACACCCUGCUGUCGAUCCAUCCGUGUCGUCGGCAUCCCCCACCAUGGCAGUGAAGUCGUCAUUGCCCGAACGCCGGGAGAACACCCAACAGCUACCGAGCCAGCAGCGGCAGCAGCGAAAACGGCAGCAACAAGGUUCUCCAGGAAGAAAGAAAAAGGUUACGGCGAAGAAAAAGAAAGCGUCUCCUCGAAACGGGCGCAAGGUCGCCAAAACGGUCGCCAUUGGCACCAACCGUAAGGCUAUUAAAGAAGGGCGGGGGGGGAUUGUGGCAGUGGCGUUAAUGGAGGCUGUCGGGGACCAAGAGCAAACAGAGCAAACAGAGCAAAAUGCCGGCGAAAAUGCAACCGUGGUGGAGGGGGUGACGGAGUUGGCGAAAGAGUCGAUGAUGGGUCUGACGAGGGCGGAGCACGAGGAAGAGCUCCGGCAGGCGAAGGAGGCCAGAGAUCUCGCAGAGGAAGCGGAGUGCCGGAGAAUUUGGGGUGAGGAGGAUGCUGAGGAGCAAGAAGCAUGGGGCGCUACACGAGGGGCAGAGGAUGUCCUGAGGAUUGACCCGGAGCUGAGCAAGGAAGAGGUCGUGAGACUCCUCGCCACGCAGUAUGAGCAAGCGUUGAACCAGACGUUUCAGCCAGAAAGGCGGGAAGCCAUCGCGAAUCGUAUUGCCCUCGUAGAGGCAGAGCAACGGGAGAAAGAGCGAAAAGCGGGGAAAGCAAAGCUGGCAGCAGAGAGCGAACCUGAGAAGAAUGAAUCCGAGCCAAAGACCAAAACUGACCAAGACGGGGAAGCACCGACGGAAGAAAAGGCGGGAGACAUUGGACACCUAUUGAAUGACCCUGGGUUGGGGCUGACCCGUCAAGAGAUCGAUGCUCUCUUCGACCUGGUCGAUGGCCAUGAUGAACCGGCUGGUGGGCACCUGGGUUCUGAGGGUGGCGCUGAGAGUGACGCUGCCGCACGGAGACAACGCCUCGCUACUCGCGGGCUGCUCCGGUUCUUACAGAGGAGGGGGUUGCGACAACCUUCGAUGGAGCCACUUGAGGCUCCGAUUGAUGUGCUCAGCAACAACCCGAAGGCCCGGCCGCAUCUAAAGCCAGAGCUAGAGAAUUAUAUCUCCCUUAACUUCGUGGAGGGCGGUGUCACGGGAAACAAAAACGACGACGAAGAACCCUCCGCUGCUUCAAGCAGAACACUGUCGGGGGGCCGAGACAACGGCCAAGACCGUGGCGAUGGGGGCGGUGGAGCCGGUGUGAACGAUGGCAGUGAUGGCAACCAAGAAGAAGACGGUGCUCUUUGGCGGGGUAGCACGGGCGUCUACACCGGUACAAAGACACCCAAUGGGACCGCAGACAGUCCGCCCGCACCAUCUUUGGAACCAGGCAGCACCACAGAUCCUUCCGGGACAAGCAAUAAAGCAGUAGCACAGGACGCGGACGAAUGCAGUGAUAGUGAAGAGAUGCUUCUGUACCCACGAACACUCGGUUCUUCCGUAAGCGUGCUCGACGAGAAGGACGCGGUUCGUCGGACCGGAGGGGCGAGGUUUACGGGGGAAGACCCAAUACGCGGUCGGCUUCGCGCAACCGACCCAUUCUUGUGGAUGGGUCGCCUGCACGCCGGGGCGACGGCGAUUUCUGGCCUCAUCGAUCAGGCCAAAGGCGCUCUGGACGGCCUCGAUGGUGGCGGCAGUGAUGGUGAUUCUGUCACUAGUAGAGGAGGAGGAGGAGGAGGAGAACGAAGCAGCAGCGACAAUCGGCGAGUGGAGGGCCUUGUCGACUGGGGGGAGGGCGUGGCGGGCCCAACAUUAGCGGGUGGUGAGAAUACGUCAAAGCAGUGGAUGAAAGGAGGGGCGGCGGGGGAGCAGAAGGUGGACGAGGGUUGGCAGACGGUGGGAGAAGACGAUGGGCGGGCGGGGGGUCAUAACGGCGAAGAUGAGCAUGGCAGUGAUGGGAAAACGCAUGUGACACACACGUCGAGCGGCAGCAAUUCAGCCGUCGAGCACAUAAGCAGCACCAUGAGCGCGUACUCGCAAGCGAUGGAGGCGAACAGAAUCAUCGCCGGCGGUGUGGUACUCGAGGGGGAACAGGAGGAAGACCAUGAGAAUGACGGAGAUGAGACCCAAGACCACCCCAGCAGCAGCAAAGGCAAAGAAUUAUUCGGCCUACGGGACAUGCGCAAACGGCCUGCUGGCAGUGGGCCUUGCCCUAUGCGCACUUCUCCUGUGAAUGCGAGAUCGGCUGCCCUUGGUAGUUUGGCCAAGCUCGGCAAAAUUGACACUGGGUUGGGCAGGCCAAAGAAUACGCUCCCAGUGGGAAGCAGAACCUUCGACAUAGUGAGUAGCAGCAGCGGCGGCAACGAUCCGACUACUUCGUGGGAAGCCACUCAGGCAACAUACUCUACUAGGGGAGAGGAAUGGGGAGAGGACGAAUCUCAAGACAUCCGUUUCGACGACAUCGUGUCUAGUAUCAUCCGAGAGGUCCCUUCGAGGGCACCGCCGACGCCGAGAAGUCCCGAAGGCGUGGGCGGCACGGGCGGACAUGAAGCAGUGAGACCACCGUGGUCUGCGCAAGAACGGACAUCGCCGACGCGAAGACAGAGGGAUGGUGCAAGCUGGGGGCCAGUCGAAGAGCAGGGGCGACGGCCUCGGUCAACUCCUGCCGGGUUCCGUGCAAGGGCAGAGGCCGCGGCGACUGUUCUCGAUCGACGGCCUCCUUGGUCCCUCCCAUUGGAUAGCGUGUUCGCCCCUCGCGUAAAAGGAGCCGUACAGCCAUCGGUCUUGAUGGCGCCGGCCCGCCGUCGAUUCAGCGAUGCAGACGGUUCGGUCGGCGGCGGUAUCAGCCACCCGCCUCCCCGACAAGGGAUUCCACCGCGCAGCAGGAACCUUGUCGUCCGCGGGGCGUCCGCCCUCCGAUGGCAGCGACGAAUCACGACAGCCCCUUCGGAUAUGUCUUGUGGAAUAGUGCCCUUCGAAAUGUCACGAAGAAUGUCAAGCGGGGAGGCAGGGGCGGCGGGAAGUGCGGGCGCUGCGGUGACGCUGCAAGACCAUGAUCCAUCGGCAGAAGAAUCGCCCCACAGCAUGCGCAGAUCCCACUCGGCCUCGGAGGUGUUGCUCCAGUGCGGCCUCCUCCAAGAAGAGCCGCCUGUGGACAAACCUCCGGCCAUGGCCGACGGAAUCUGGAGCUGGGGUUGGCAUAACGACGGUGGCCAAGAGACCCUCCCGCCGACAGCUGCUUCCGAAGAUUUAUUCACGCCUCUGGUGACUCCGGAGAUAUGCAAACGUAGCACGCGAACUGGUCUCGGAGGCACGUCUCCACUCCGCAGUACGCGCAACAAUGGUGGUGCCUCUCUCUUUGGGGGGAGUCGGUCGGGCACUAGAGCCCCUUCAGGUGUGCCGUAUAGCCGAACGCACUCCCACGCCACUCAAGGAAGCAAAGUCCGCCCGAAACGCGCCUCCUUCUCGCACGACGAGGGUGGCGAAACCCGACCAUGGACCACGGGUGAUUUCAACGAGGAGGAAUCGUUCGCAGUCGGCAACGCGGCGGAUGACGGGAAUGGGCAGGGCACAGGCGGUCUCCUACGUAGGGCUAUCUCAGCCGAAGACCCCUUCCUAUCGCCACACCUGGCCAACAACGAUGACCUACUAACGCAGGCAGAAACCCCGGUCGAAGUUGCUGCCCAACCUACGGCUGAUGACGGGUCUGCUCCUGGCGGUGGCGAAAGCAUUGAAAAAAUUGAUGCGGACAGCGUUGGGCUGUUUGCUGGCGACAAACAAGCAGCGGGAGGGCAGGGCGGCGUUGAGGGUGCUACCGACGACGGCAUCAACAACGAAGAGGUGGAACUUCCGGGGGACCUACCUCAGCAGAUGCCCCGAAGAGUCAGCUUUGCAGACGAGCAAGACCCAGGCCUCCUGGCCGACGGCAGAAACAGCAGCGGACAACGCAGCGGUCGACAACGGGAGGGAUGGGGCGCUCAGCGGCGCCGAAUGUCCAGUCUCAUCGGCACCAGCAACGGCUACCUGGAGAGCGACGGCAGCAUCAACGGCCAACUGUUUGACAUAAACGCAAGGCGGAAGAGCGACCUUGAGCGCUGCCAGAGAGCGAUGGAGAUCGCGAGGGCCGCCCACGAGCUCUUAUUUACUGACACCCGUCCGGACGGGCUUCGCCCCAUCACGGGGACCCCGAUGACUGACGGCAGAGACAUACAAGGAAUGGGAGGGUUGUAUGUCGGCCUCGCUGGACUCAAGGGCUUCGAUUUGUCGUUUGUCGGCGCGAUUUCCUCGAGCAAGAGUGGAUGCCGACGAAACUUGGGCUCGGCGUCGUCACGCCUCGUGGCGAACAGAAGUCUUUCGGGUUCUGCAGCUAUCGUCGCCGCCGCCAAUAACACCGAAGACUCUUCGGUGGUGGACAGGAAUCGUUGUCCAUCUCCUAACGUCGUCCCAGGGGCAUCAGUGGGCGCCUCUUGGAUUCCGAAGGGGGGGCUCUUGGAUCGACAGCCGGGGUCUUUGAUGGCCAGGCCUCCCGCCUCUCCGGACGCCGCCCCUUCUUCCGAGGCAGCUCACUCCUCACCAGCAAGAGGAAGCAGUCCAAGUGCCAUGGCCGAUGUGCAACACGGCGGCGCGCGCCUGAGGUCAAGCGGCGGCGUCACUGGCGACCCGAAAGUCACAACGAACGGUAGUGGCUGCUCUCCCAAUGCAGCCUCUUCUUCAGCCGUUCAGCAAGGGUCGCCGCCAGCGAAGAGAAGUGCCAGUGCUCCAGGGCGUGGGCCGUCCAGCGCAGCAGGUCUUUUGCCGGCGGACAUGCUCGACAUCCGAAGCAUCGGGUCGGGGAGUGACAAAUCUGACGGGUCAAGGCGAAAAACAAACGAAGGGGAGAGCGAGAACCUGUGCGUAAAUCGAAGACUUGGUGCGAAGGGCGAGACAAGCGAGGCCCCGAAAAACGAAGACGAGAACAGUGAGAAUGAUUGGAAAUCGGAGGCUGGUAUCCAGGAAGCCCCGCCGAGUACAGCGCUUGUAUCGAACGCAGCAAACGCGAUGGCGUCGCUGUUUGCCCCAAAGGCAGCCGUGCUCUGGUCUGCGAGAGACUUGGGCGUGGAGAAGCUCGUGGUUUCUGCCGCCGGCGACCAGCAGGCGCAUCGACGUCCUACGAGCCGCAACUACACUUCACGGGCGCUCCUCACGGCGUACAAACAGGCUAGGCCCGUUUUCGAGGUGGAAGCCUCGAGUUGGCGUAAGCGCGAAGGAGCGGUGGCCGGUGUCGACUACCCUCUACAGCCCCCCGCCGGCUGGGGAGGGGUAAGCUCGAAUCCUCGUUCAGCAGGAAGCAAAUCAGCCGUCGCCUUGUCCGACGAGGACAGGCAGGCGGAGGGGAAAGCUUUCGAGCGGCGACUGGUUUCUCCCGCCGAGGGCUCCGGUGGAGGAAGGGGGCAGGGAUUCUCGUUGGGUUCCCCGCCGUUUUCUUCAGACUGCAGCGAAUCGACGUCAAGAGGGGGGGUGUUGGAGGACAACGGCUCGUUGAUGAGCUCGAUCGCCGACACGAGUUCGGAGGGGUCUUUUUUCCAGGAAGAACUCCGUUCAAAGGGCUGGCGUAAGAUGCCCGGGGGGGGGUCUGCCAACGCCCCCAAAACGUGGUCGAAAGGAGUCGAACAACACAGGCAGCAGAAUCGGAUCCCCUCCGGAGGGCUUGUGGCGGCGAUCGACAACGACCGGGAUACCGAGAGCGUCCGGUCGACAUCCGCAUCGUCCACGGAAGGGACUAUGACGCCGACGACCACGCCUGACCUCCGCCUGAUUCAGCAGGACAACGACCGCCACCUUCUCCAUGCCUCGGGGGGAAUCCGCUCCGGCGGGGAAUCACAGCCAUCUGUUCUGAGCAACGUGUUGGCCCCGCCGAAAGAAAGCCCACUUGCUCCUUCUUCCGGCCUAGGCUUGGAUUCGGGUCCGGCCGUAAACACGGAGAGUGCGUUCCGCUUGAGCUGCGAGGCUGACGCUGAUGACGUGUUGAGGGCGAUGGUGCGACUAAGCAUGGCAUCUACGCCAACCGGAGCUGGAAGCCUCGAUGCUACAAGGCAGAGCCCGCAAGGCUACCACGGUGGCGAUGCCUCGGCCAGAGCAGGGGUGGACGAACGUGCGGCGCGUAGACGUCGGGGCAACGGAGCAGCAGCACCACAAGUACCAACCAGAUACUUGUUGCCUGCAGAAGGAAGCAGCAGCACGGGUAUCUGCAGAGGGAGCACCCCAGGUAUCAAGAGCGGACACCUUGGCAACAGGAAACCCCCCUACGUUAACGAGACCGCGUGUCCCCCCGACGAAAAGGACAACGUUCUCGACAUUGAGGGACGGAUGUUGCGGUCGGUGGGAGGCGCACGAAGCGCCGGGCACCCAUCGCAAUGGCGAAACGAACGGCUGGCCAAUACACCCGACACAAGACGCAGCACCAAGAGAGAUUUUUCGGGAAGGAGUACAGCUCCACAACACGGGCAGCGGCCGAACCAUCGCGGCACGGUAGCGGCUGCAGCUGCCGGCCGGGCGCAGCUUGUGCUGUCUGAGAGCGAGAGCGCCCCACCAGCGACCUCUCAGAAUAGGUCGUCGCCGUCAGCGUUGUUUCAGGAUGAUAGCGGGCGCCGUGGCGGCAGGGGCAACGGAGGCGACGGGCCCGGAGGAAUGGCCGCUCUUGAGUCAGCCUUAAGGGCCCUAUCGGCCACCGCCUCGUCGACUAGCGGAGCGUCGCGGCAGCUCUCUUCUUCUUCGGCGAUUUUCAAUCGUAAGUCUGCUGCACGUGAUGCUGGGGACAGCACGAGCGACGAUCGUGGGCGAGGCUCUUCUUCACAGUCGCGUGUGCCAAUCGUCGGUGUGGGUUAUCGCGGCUCGAAGCGGGAGAAACCUUCCGUGGGCGGCACCGAUGGCACUAUACGUUUUGGCGUUGGGCAGAACGAAGGGGGCGUCGGCGCCAAGACAAGAAGCGAAGGAGCACUCGAUGAUGGCUCCAGUACAUUCAUCGGACCAACAGACCCCGAAGCUUCGGUGACGCAGAGUUCCUGCCUAACCUUCGGCGAAGGUGGUGGUGGUGGUGGGUCCAUGGCAUGCGAUAACGACCACGGCUAUUGCGACGAGAGUGACGACAAGACGACCGGCGACCAGAUGUCGAUGAUCAUAGCAAGGGUCACCAGGGACGCAGCGGCGUCUGUUUUGUCUGCGGAGGGAAUAAUCACGACAGAGGCUUCUCUGGUGACGGAAGAAGCCGAACGACUACUUCCACCAGCAGUUGCGCAGAAAGGGGCUGACACUGCCGCCGCCGCUGCUGCUGCCGAGGAAUCCUCACGGUUGUCACCAAUGGCGACAGAGAGUGAGCACCUGAAUCAAGCACCGCCUAGGGGCGAUACCACGAAGGUGGGAAGGGAACAAGUCAACAAGGGGCCAAAGAGCAGAGGCAAAAUCACCAUGACCGGUUCACACACCAAAUCAAACGAGAGGAAGACGAAGCCAGCCUCGAAGCCUCACGCUUCUAGGCCAGAAGUCGAGGGAAGGAGUGGUCGCGGUGGGGUUAGCGGCGACAAGAACGCUUCUGCCUCCGUCGGGUCUUCGUCGGCCACAGCGAAGCUUAAGCCCGAGCAGGAAGCUCCGAAAGGCAGCACAUCAAGCUUGCGUCGUAGCAAGGAAAAAGGUCCUGCCUCGGUAAGAGGCAACGCUGGCGAAGAGAUGCUUGCCUCGGGUGCCACCGAUAGUGCCGUCACCGCAGGGUCUCCGGUCGACAGGAGUCAGGGUAGAGGCAGAGGUCCAGAGGAAGCCAGUCCCGCAGACAGCAACGCCCUGGCACAGGCUGAGGUUGCGAACAAGAGAGAGACUGGGAUUGUUCGAGAGGCCCAGACAACAAAGUCUCCCUUGUGCCAGGUGGACACGUCCGGCAUGCCUUCAGGAGCCCAGACGACGAUCGAGACAAAAGGGAACUCGCGCAGCAACGUAAGGCGCUCGCAGAGAGGCCAGGAUAGCUCCCGUGGAAACAGAAGCACCAACGCCGGACGGGCCGCAUCAAGCGGAGGCGGUAGCCCAAGCAGCCAGGGGAGUAGCGUCGUAAGCCGCGGCAGUACUCGAAGCGGAAGCCAUGCCAGAGGCACAGAGGCGACGGGGAGCACGGGGAGCACGGGGAGCCGAAUAAAUAGCAGGAACGCCAGCGGCCCGACCUCUCGGAAAGAUAUCCGGAAGGGGGGCGCAACAGAUGCUGCCGCUAGCAAGAAAGUAUCCCUUCCUGCCCUGGCUAAAUCAGAGACGACGAAGACCGUCCAGGAUGGUGCCCAACAGCAACGGCAGCAGGACGGCUCUGUCGCCGAGAGAGUUCAGGCCAGCAGAGGUACGGAGGGUUCAGAAACUGCCGACGUUCACAAGCAACUUCCGCGGAUUAGCAGCGGCGCUGCCGCCGGCGGCGGGCGCGUCAAGACUUCAAGUUCCGCAGCGGGGAAGACUCUUCACAAGGCAAUAACGGUGCACAAGAGACCCACGAGGGUGGAGAACGAAGACCUGUUCACAACGACGGAAGCGUUGACGACGCACCACCUCACGGUAGAGGAGCUCUUGAAGGGCGGCUAUGAUGAGCUCCUGGACGAUAGCGACGGCGACGAAGAAACCGCUAGCCAUCGGGUUCGAACGCGAAAGGAGCCGCUCAUGAUACCGCACAGGGCUCGGCCGAACGGAAUGGCCUACUGGCAGGACAGGGAGGAAAAAGAGCGAGUUAGGCGGCGCCGCCCGCUAUCCGAGAUCGAAGGACACGGCACGAGAGGUGGUGCGGAAGCAAGCCGGGGCGGACACGGCGGGGCUGUAGCUGGAGGCAUGGUGGCUGGCGGGGGGGACGGGCAAUGGGAAGACGAGAAAGAAGAGAUCAAACGCCUCCUUUCGGAGGCCCGAGCAAGGAGGGAAGCGGCAGUCGCCCGGGUCCGAGCGAAACGCGAGCAAGCAAAAAUCGACAGCGAGGGACAGCUCGUCCGACAGGCAGCAGCCGCCUCCACCCCCACCUCUUCAUCAUCAGGAAAUGGUUCGUCGUUGGUGCACCACGCAGUACCUGCUGCCUCUUCUUCUCCGCGCGCUGCUGCAAUGCCGGGUGAAGACAAACGGCUACCAGGGUUCCCUGCGCAGGGCCCUUCGAGUACCACCGAAAGGGGAGAGAUCAGCAGGAGUCGGCCCAACGGAGUCAAGGGAGGCGAACCUCCUUGGAAGGGCUUUACGCUCAGCGACGACGGAGAGGCGUUGCUCCGACGGCGGCGCGCCCCGUCCCCCGAACACGUUUCACCGGUCCAGGGCAGGGAAGACUCGGAGUACCAGCUUAUUGUGCCUGGGGUGAAGGACAACCUGGUCAACUUCAGCGUGGAUACGGUCGCCGUGCGGACGAACUACGGGAAACUCAGACGGGGCGUGGAAAUUCGACACAGGAUGGGGAUAGGCGAAGACGGCGAAAACACUGAUCCCGACGACGAGGACAUGCCCGAAGCCAACGAUGAUGAUGGCAGCCCGAUGCUAACCAUACGCGCGGCAACAGACCGGCUGUCGGGGGACCUAAGCAGCGACUUUGAUUACGACAGCAGUGCUCCGAGCACACGUGAACGUUUGUUGUCUCGUCCUAGCACCUCGGGGGCUAUUCCCGAAAUUUCUCUCCGACGUCGCACUGGGGUGCAAGGAGGCCGUCGCAGCUACGCGGAAGCGCCGGUUCCGGUGGUAGAUCCCGCUGGAACGAUUGCCCGGGCUUCAAGAAUAGUCACAGAACUGCGGCUGGACGGAGAGAACAUGAUGUCCCCUCUGGAUUCACUGAGGGGCGAUGUGGGUUUCGACAACGACGACAAUACCGAUGUGUCGGGGUGA